AUGCGCUCGCCCUCACUGCAGCUCCUGUUGCAGGCGGCGGCGGCGGUGGCGGCAGCGGCGGCCGCGGCGGCGGCGAGCGGGGAGUCUGCGCCCAAGCGCGUGCGGAUCUUCGACGGAGGCUUCGAGUCCAACGAGGAGUACACGUACGUGCGAGGCAGAGGGCGCGGGCGCUACGUGUGCGAGGAGUGCGGCAUCCGCUGCAAGAAGCCCUCCAUGCUCAAGAAGCACAUCCGCACGCACACCGAUGUCCGCCCCUUCACCUGCAAGCACUGCAACUUCAGCUUCAAGACCAAGGGCAACCUGACGAAGCACAUGAAGUCCAAGGCUCACUACAAGAAGUGCGUGGAGCUGGGCAUCUCUCCGGUGCCCACCGUCGUGGACGACUCGUACAUCGACGAGGAGAGCCUGGCGCGCCAGCAGGCGUUGCGCGCCGCGUCGGCGGCGUGCCGCUCGGGUUCCGGCAACGAGGACGACGAGUCGGACGACAACGAGGAUGACGACGACGACGAGGACGACGAAGAUGACGAUGAGGACGACGACCAGCUGCACAUCGUCGAAGGUAUUCGUCACCAGCCAUGUGGCGCCCCGGGCACCGAUUUGGCGCCCUUUCGUAGACACGUAGUGAUGCUACUCCCAAUAGUUUCUGCCUGGUUUAUUCGUAAUGUAGUGAACGAUGAAACGAGAAUGGAAUUGCUGGGUGUAAUG